AUGGCAAAACCUCGUGUAAUUUACUGGUUCCGUACCGAUCUUCGACUUCACGACUCACCUGCUCUCAAGGCAGCUCUAGACCUUGAUCCGGCGGUAUUUUGGCCUAUUUUCACAUGGGAUCCUCACUACGUCUAUCGCGCAAGAGGAGGACUCAAUAGAUGGCAGUUCUUACUCGACUGUCAGAAUGAUCUCUCCAAAUCCAUCACAAAAGUCAACUCCAACUCAAAACUCUUUGUUCUAAGAGAAGCACCACAGACUCUAUUCCCAAAGCUCUUCAAGGCUUGGAAAGUCACUCACAUUGUUUUCGAGAAAGACACCGACAGCUAUGCCCGUGAACGCGACAGUUUAGCUUAG